AGUGUGUCCGCCUUGCUCAGUGUGCGUGGGGAUUUGGUCCGAGCGCCCGCGCCCAGGCAGGCAGGCAGGCAGCCCGCGGGCUCCGGAGAUCCAGCCGCCGCCGUCGCCGCCAGCAGCAGCACCCUCCGUGAGCAGCGCCGCGGGAGAUCCGGGCGCAGGGGAGCCAGCCCAGCCCAGAGCCCGGCCAGACGUCCUCUCCACGCCGGGGCAGCCGCCGCCGCCUGGGUCCCCCGGGGAAGAAGGUGGAGGAAGAACUCCAGCCCCUAGCACGCGCGCACCAUCACCAUGGACCACUAUGAUUCCCAGCAGACCAACGACUACAUGCAGCCGGAGGAAGACUGGGACCGGGACCUGCUAUUGGACCCGGCCUGGGAGAAGCAGCAGAGAAAGACGUUCACGGCAUGGUGCAACUCCCACCUCCGGAAGGCGGGCACGCAGAUCGAGAACAUCGAGGAGGACUUUCGGGACGGCCUGAAGCUCAUGCUGCUGCUGGAGGUCAUCUCAGGCGAACGCUUGGCCAAGCCGGAGAGAGGCAAGAUGAGGGUGCACAAGAUCUCCAACGUCAACAAGGCCCUGGAUUUCAUAGCCAGCAAAGGCGUCAAGUUGGUGUCCAUCGGCGCCGAAGAGAUCGUGGACGGGAACGUGAAGAUGACCCUGGGCAUGAUCUGGACCAUCAUCCUGCGCUUCGCCAUCCAGGACAUCUCGGUGGAAGAGACAUCAGCCAAGGAAGGGCUGCUCUUGUGGUGUCAGAGGAAGACGGCCCCUUACAAGAAUGUCAACAUCCAAAACUUCCAUAUAAGCUGGAAGGACGGCCUCGGCUUCUGUGCCUUGAUCCACCGACACCGGCCUGAGCUGAUCGACUACGGCAAGCUGCGCAAGGACGACCCCCUCACGAAUCUGAACACGGCCUUUGAUGUGGCAGAGAAGUACCUGGACAUCCCCAAGAUGCUGGAUGCCGAAGACAUCGUCGGAACCGCCCGGCCCGAUGAGAAGGCUAUCAUGACUUACGUGUCCAGCUUCUACCACGCCUUCUCUGGAGCCCAGAAGGCGGAGACAGCAGCCAACCGCAUCUGCAAGGUGUUGGCCGUCAACCAGGAGAACGAGCAGCUGAUGGAAGAUUACGAGAAGCUGGCCAGCGAUCUGCUGGAGUGGAUCCGCCGCACCAUCCCGUGGCUGGAGAACCGGCUGCCCGAGAACACCAUGCACGCCAUGCAGCAGAAGCUGGAGGACUUCCGGGACUACCGGCGGCUGCACAAGCCGCCCAAGGUGCAGGAGAAGUGCCAGCUGGAGAUCAACUUCAACACGCUGCAGACCAAGCUGCGCCUCAGCAACCGGCCCGCCUUCAUGCCCUCCGAGGGCAGGAUGGUGUCGGACAUCAACAACGCCUGGGGCUGCCUGGAGCAGGCCGAGAAGGGCUAUGAGGAGUGGCUGCUGAACGAGAUCCGCAGGCUGGAGCGGCUGGACCACCUGGCGGAGAAGUUCCGGCAGAAGGCCUCCAUCCACGAGGCCUGGACCGACGGCAAAGAGGCCAUGCUGCGGCAGAAGGACUACGAGACGGCCACGCUGUCGGAGAUCAAGGCCCUGCUCAAGAAGCACGAGGCCUUCGAGAGCGACCUGGCUGCCCACCAGGACCGUGUGGAGCAGAUCGCCGCCAUCGCGCAGGAGCUCAAUGAGCUGGACUAUUACGACUCACCCAGUGUCAAUUCCCGUUGCCAAAAGAUCUGUGACCAGUGGGACAAUCUGGGGGCCCUAACCCAGAAGCGGAGGGAAGCUCUGGAGCGCACGGAGAAGCUGCUGGAGACCAUUGACCAGCUGUACCUGGAGUAUGCCAAGCGGGCCGCCCCCUUCAACAACUGGAUGGAGGGCGCCAUGGAGGACCUGCAGGACACCUUCAUCGUGCACACCAUCGAGGAGAUCCAGGGACUGACCACAGCCCACGAGCAGUUCAAGGCCACCCUCCCCGAUGCCGACAAGGAGCGCCUGGCCAUCCUGGGCAUCCACAACGAGGUGUCCAAGAUUGUCCAGACCUACCACGUCAACAUGGCCGGCACCAACCCCUACACAACCAUCACGCCUCAGGAGAUCAAUGGCAAAUGGGACCAUGUGCGGCAGCUGGUGCCACGGCGGGACCAGGCUCUGACAGAGGAGCACGCACGCCAGCAGCACAAUGAGAGGCUACGCAAGCAGUUUGGGGCGCAGGCCAACGUCAUCGGGCCCUGGAUCCAGACCAAGAUGGAGGAGAUCGGAAGGAUCUCCAUCGAGAUGCACGGGACCCUGGAGGACCAGCUCAGCCACCUGCGGCAGUACGAGAAGAGCAUCGUCAACUACAAGCCCAAGAUCGACCAGCUGGAGGGCGACCACCAGCUCAUCCAGGAGGCGCUCAUCUUCGACAACAAGCACACCAACUACACCAUGGAGCACAUCCGUGUGGGCUGGGAGCAGCUGCUCACCACCAUUGCCAGAACCAUCAAUGAGGUGGAGAACCAGAUCCUGACCCGCGACGCCAAAGGCAUCAGCCAGGAGCAGAUGAACGAGUUCCGGGCCUCCUUCAACCACUUCGAUCGGGAUCACUCCGGCACGCUGGGUCCCGAGGAGUUCAAAGCCUGCCUCAUCAGCUUGGGCUAUGAUAUUGGCAACGACCCCCAGAAGAAGACAGGCAUGAUGGACACGGAUGAUUUCCGCGCCUGCCUGAUCUCCAUGGGUUACAACAUGGGAGAGGCAGAAUUUGCCCGCAUCAUGAGCAUCGUGGACCCCAACCGCCUCGGGGUAGUGACCUUCCAGGCCUUCAUCGACUUCAUGUCCCGGGAGACGGCAGACACCGAUACGGCGGACCAAGUCAUGGCUUCUUUCAAGAUUCUGGCUGGGGACAAGAACUACAUCACGGUGGAUGAGCUGCGCCGCGAGCUGCCGCCCGACCAGGCCGAGUACUGCAUCGCACGCAUGGCCCCCUACACGGGCCCUGAUGCCGUGCCCGGUGCCCUGGACUACAUGUCCUUCUCCACGGCGCUGUAUGGGGAGAGCGACCUCUGAUCCGCCCUCUCCCGCCCGCCCCGCCGCCCUCGCCCCGCCCUCGCCCGCGCCGCCGCUGCCCCCCAUCCCCUGCCCAGGGCAUGGUGUCGCCUCCCAGCCUCCGACCGACCGUGUGAGCCGGGACCCACGUGGCACCAAGCCUCCCAGCCCACAAAGUGACAGUUUACAAAAUUAUUUUCUGCAAAAAAGAAAAAAAAAAGAAAAAAAAGAAAAAAAAUUAUGUUAAAAAAAGUAAAAAAAAAAGCCAAAAAACAAAAAAA